ACUCUCGUGAAAGCCUUCUUCAGUUCGCUCUCACUGCCCAACAUCCACACGAUAACAUAACUCUCCAAAUUCCUGAAAUUCAAAUCUGAAAAAAAAAACCCUAAACCUAAAACCUUUUGAUUUUUCUUGGAAUCAAAUCGAUUUCCUCAUUCCCAAAGAAACCCUAGUUGUUUGCGAAGAUGGAUAUCGAACAGAAACAAUCCGAGUUGAUCGAGCACUUCGUGAAGCAGGCCUCUUCUGCCCCCAACGCCUCUGCACUCGCUUCCGUCCUUGUUGAAGCCACUUCUCAUCCUUCCCUCUUUGCUUUCUCUGAGAUUCUCGCCCUCCCCAAUCUUCAUCAGCUUGAAGCGACUGAGAAUUCCGUAUACCUUGAUAUGCUUCGGUUGUUUGCACAUGGAACAUGGAGCGAUUACAAGAGUAAUGCUGGUCGUCUUCCACAAUUGAUUCCUGAUCAAAUCCUCAAGCUUAAGCAACUUACAGUUCUUACGCUGGCUGAGACAUACAAGGUACUACCCUAUGACCAACUGAUGCAGGAGUUGGAUGUGACAAAUGUCCGGGAACUUGAAGAUUUUCUAAUUAAUGAAUGCAUGUAUGCGGGGAUAGUCAGAGGAAAGCUGGAUCAGCUGCGACGAUGCUUUGAGGUCCAGUUUGCAGCGGGUAGGGACUUGAGGCCUGGUCAACUGGGGGGUAUGAUACAGACACUUUCUAACUGGUUGUCUACAUCAGAAAAUCUGCUUGUUUCAAUUCAAGAGAAGAUAAAAUGGGCUGAUGCUAUGAGUGAAAUUGACAAGAAGCACAGGAAGGAUGUGGAAGACAAGGUAGAAGAAGUAAAGAAGUCUCUUUUCAAGGCCGACAUCGACUUCAGAGGCCAUGAGGAGAUCUGCUCUGAAUCUGGUGGAGUGAUGGAUUAUGAAGAAGAUCGAAGCCGACCAAAGAGCUCUUUUGGCCUGCAUGUCUCUGUUAAGGAAGCUAGAUAUGAAUUUGUUCUAUAAUAUUUCAAGGAGGCGGCAUCCAAUAUCUUGAAGAUUGUAGUAGAUAAAAGCGCUCAUUUGAUGGGUGUUUAGUAGCUUGCCUGACUUUUAUUCUUGGCAUGCGUCAGCUGAGAAUAUCAGCUUUUGGAGACAAGUAUAUCUCAUCGAUAUUGAACUUGUCUGUCACACCACAAAUCGAGAUAAGAAAAAGGAAAAGGGGGGAAAAACUUGUUAUUUCUUCAGAGUUGUAUUUUGGAAACUGAUGGUAAUUAUUGAACCAUUGUUAGUUCCAUAUUGAGUUGGCAAGAACAGGAGAUGGUGGUGCGGCUUUUUGUUUUUUCGUUGCUAAAUGCUAUACUGUUUUUCUAUGUAUUAUGUCUCACAUAUGCUGCCCCAAUUGCAUUGCUAUACUUUAUGGUGAAUAUAUAUACCACAAAUUAAGAUUAUAUUAUAG